CAGACCUACCUCACUCAGGUGGUAAACAAGGGAAGGUUUCAGAAAGUGGGGGACACGUUGACUGUCCAAGCAGGUGAUACGUUAGAGCUGAGGUGUAAAGGAAAUCCUGUCCAGUGGGCUGUUCCUGCAUAUCUAGAAGAGGAUGAUGAAGGACGACUCAGGACAGUUCAGCAUGAACAUUAUGGUACACUGAUUUUGGCAAAUGCAACAGCGGCAGAUACAGGGGAGUUCACCUGCUAUCCCAUGUACUGUGAGGAUCAAGACUGCAGAAAACAGUAUGAUAAAGGAGUCAAAGUCUUCAUCUUUUUCUCAGACCCUCAGGAGUUGUUUGUACCUUCUGCUGACUAUUACAAGGUCAUUCAGCUUCGCACUAACUGGCCCACCGUCCUGCCCUGUCAGGUGACGUCUCCACAAGCAAAGGUGACUUUACACCGGGAAUUUCCUCCAUUGGAGGUGAAGGUGGAUGGACGAGAAAUCUCCUUUGAUGUCAAGAAGGGUUUCACCAUCCACAGACCGAAGCAGUAUCAUGCUGGAUCUCUGUACUGUGUGGCAAGCCUGGGGAACCUUCGCCAGAGCUCAACCACAUACAUGCUCAUCUAUGUCAACUAUCCAGCCGCCCCUCCGUUCCCUGCGAUCCAGACCUCCUCUGACACUGUGGUAGUGGGACAGAAUCUUCAGGUGACAUGCACUGUGAUAGGAGAGCAGGACGUGGUGGUGGACUUUACCUGGGAAUAUCCUGGACAAAAGAUUGGGCGCCCGCUGUACACCCAGGACAGUGUGCAGACAGUGCAAGUGGACGGACAGAACCGACAGCGAACUCAGAUAACACUGCUGGUGGAUGAGGUCAGAGAGGUUGACCAAGGAACAUACACCUGCACAGCUCAAAACCUAGAGGGUUCAAGGUCUGCAUCAACCACUGUCAAAGUGCAGUCAGCACGAACCACCAUCAAGCCUAAGAAGCCAUGAAGUCCUUCAGAGAAAUCCUAUAGAAACCUGAAAACCUGGAUCAUGCCAGUCAGAUAUUCUUAGCUAUAACAUGCUAUACUAAAUGGCUGUACAAUAACCAGAACGAUCCUCACAGAACACUAUUUUUUUCCUCUUUUGAGAAGACACACGUCAGGUGGAACAGAGCAAAGUGUAAAUAGUGCUUAGAUUAGAUAGUAUGUGCAUUCCCAUUGUUUUACUGACCCCUACAACAAGAAAGGGGAUUGUAAACAGUAUAUGUGAGAAUAUAAAUGUC